CCUUGUGCAGGCAGACACAUCCAUACACUGCAGUUGAAGAUAUAAAAGAAGCCCGGUUCCAAGCAUCGCUUGCGGGUACUUGUAGUGAUUGCACUAGACGUACCGCGGCUCUGGUCGCUUUCAUUUCUCGAAAUGCCUUUUUCCAAUAUGAACUGCGUUCGGUUUACGAACCCUUUGCGGUGUACAUUCUUCUUCCUUUGUUUACUUUUCCCCGCCCUGAUUCUCGCACAAGCUGAACUCGAUCAAUUCUCCGUUGAAGCUCGAUGCCCUUUUUCAUGUGCCAGAGAUGGGAAUUGGGCUCUUUACAGCAGUGUGGAAGACCUUUCGAGCUGUAAUAAAACAGUCCUUCUCCAGCUCAACCUUUACAACAACAACGGAUCGCAGACUUCAGCCACAGGCAUCCGCUCGUGUCUCAUCGAGAAAAGUCCAGUGCAAUUACAAUCCCGCCAAAACUUUGUUCCUUCUAGCAGCAACCCCGCGCCGUCCAAGUUCGACGCAGAGCGUGGAGAUAGCGACAUCCAGAUCUUCCAGAGGGGCGGCAAAGCCGAAGCUUCAAUCGUCGAAGAGGCAAUCUUCGCGCUGAGAGACCAUAUUCAGAAAGAGGCUGAUGGUACACCGACCGCUCUUUUUGCCAAGUCAGACAAUGCCAUCGUGGGUGUCUAUUCCGGCCUCCAGGUCAAAAAAAGCAGUGUGGCCGCGAUACUUGACGACUUCCCCAAGCAUUUCAAAGCACAGGAUAUCAGCCAGGUCGCGGCUCAAUCGUGCAAAGAAGACUCACUCAGCACACAAAUACUAGGAAUCUUUGUAGACACCACAGGUAACCUUGCGGCGGUGCAGUCUGCCCUGGCCAGCUGGGAUAGAGCUGAGUGUGUUUCCGACAAAUGGGAUACGGAAUCCGUGUGGGCCGACGCUUCAAUCUCCAUGAUCCCCGGAUCACAAGUUCUUAUAGACCCAGGAAGAGAGACACUAUCCAAAAGACAAAUCGGAAACACUUGUAGCUACACGCGAGCUGAAUCUGGUGAUGGUUGCUGGGCGCUUGCGGACCGCUGCAAAAUAACUCAAGAUGAGUUUGUGCGAUACAAUGGCGAUGCAAAUCUAUGCAACACCAUUCAACUAGGGAAAUACUACUGCUGCUCAGCCGGUAGCCUGCCUGAUUUCACGCCCCAGCCAAACCCCGAUGAAACCUGCCAAACCCAUACGGUGGGCUCUACAGAUUUGUGUGGUAUUAUUGCCGAAAAGUACUCCCUGACCGUUGAGCAACUACAAGAACGCAACAAGAAUACUUGGGGCUGGCAAGGCUGCCAAUUCCUGAUGGCCAACCAGAAGCUCUGCAUCUCUACGGGCGAGCCUCCAAUGCCUGCUGUUGAUCCUCUCGCUGUUUGUGGUCCGACUGUAGCGGGUACUCAAAGACCAAGUGACAUGUCUAAGAUCAGCGAUCUCAACCCAUGCCCGCUCAAAGCCUGCUGCAAUGUCUGGGGUAAUUGCGGCAUCUCGAAAGAUUUCUGUAUCCGCAAUCCCGCGGAUACCGGAGCACCCGGAACCACCAAACCUGGUGCAAAUAGCUGCAUCUCCAGCUGCGGAUUGGAGAUCACGAACAAUGGUUCCCCUCCUUCUAGCUUUAUGCGGAUCGGGUAUUUUGAAGGGUGGAAUCUCGACAGGCCGUGUCUUCAUAUGCUCCCACGACACAUAGACACGAGCUUCUAUACACAUUUGCACUUUGCUUUUGGUGGUAUCACGUCAAGCUUUGAGGUCGACAUGAGCAAGAUGAAAGCCAUGUGGGAUGAAUUCAAAAGCAUCAGGGGAUCCAAAAGGAUAUUGUCAUUCGGUGGCUGGUCGUUCUCGACUGAUGCUGAUACGGCUCCUAUCUUCCGAGAAGGUGUCACAGACGCACAACGAGUGACGUUUGCCAACAAUGUGGUGAAAUUCGCUAUUUCUGAAGGAAUAGACGGACUCGACUUCGACUGGGAGUAUCCGGGUGCCCCGGACAUGCCGGGCAUUCCACCAGGCAGUCCCAACGACGGAAAAAACUACCUGCAGUUUCUGAAGGAAGUUCGCAAAUGACUUCCGUCGG